AUGACUAAAAGGCAAAGUCGAUUUGCAAUGUUCAAAUUCAAUAAAAAUGGUGAUGCACUGCGACCCAAGCUUCCAGAUUUGAUCAAGAUUGAUGAUAUAACUUCGGGAAGAAUUGAUCCAAACUUGAUUUAUGAAGAGAUAGAAAUGCUCAAGGCAGAGAUCAAUGUCCUCAGAAAUGACAUGUCUUCUUUUCUCAAGGCUCUUGCUACAAUUCCUGAAGAUGGGUCAAGGAAUGAAUAUUAUCAAAAUGUGAUUCAGCGACUACAGACAGUUCAAAACGAUAUUGCGGAGUAUUGCGAACGAUAUAACAAGCUCUUGCCAAUCAUAAAUCUAGCCCAAAUUAAACUUGGUCACGAAGUAGAAGCGCCGCCAUCUUCAGCCAAGAAACUGAUACCAUCUACUUCGAACAAUACACCUCUAUUGGGGAACAAGGGUACUCCCAAUAUAAUUACAGGCUCACCCGCUAGUGAUGCAACUACUGCUACACCCGCAGGCUCGGGAGUAGGAACCAGUGGUGUUGGUGUUGGUAUUGGUACAGGUACUGGAUCCGGAGCUAAUAACAACAAUACAUCAACGGCAACGAAAAACACGAAAAAGCCUACCAAGAAAAACAACAACAACAAUAACAAUAACAAUAAUACCCCAGCUACUCUGGUUACUAAAGCAGGAACUGGAGGCUCAAACCUGCCAAUUGUUCUAUAA